AUGUUAGCAAUAAGCGAUGUCCUCACUAUUUCAGUAUUUCGAAGCGAUUAUCCAAAUAAUGACACAAAAUUCGAGAUUAAUCUUACAAAGAUCACGAAUUUUAACUACACCAGCGUCCUUAGCACUUUCUUAAUUUGGACAUUACGUUUACUAAUAUUAAUUGGAUUAUAUGCAAUGAUGUGCACAAUUGCUUUAAUCGAAUUCCAUAGUGAUUAUCGACCAACUAAUCAAACAUUUACCAUGGUUGAUAUUGGUUUCAGAAUCACUCAAAACCUACAUGAUUAUUUAAGUGAUCACUCGACUCUUCAUCAUUGGUUAGCCUUUCUCAACACCAUUGGCGUCGAUAUCUUGUUGGUAUAUACAGUGAUAGCAGUGGGUUAUUGGCAACGUCGACCGGGUAUCGUGAUCGUCGAAACCACAAUGUUCCUUGCUCGACUGGCUUGUGGAUGGCUAACACAAUUACCUUAUGCCAGUGACUACCUCCCAAGUGAACAUGAUUUUCCAGAUUGCUUAACCAACAGAUUCCGAGAUGCAACAUCACUUAGUGAUCAGCGACAACACGCUAGUUUCUUCUACUUUUUCAGCGGACACGUGGCUCUAAUAUAUACUCAAAUAUUUACUAUGAUUUCACUCGUUCUACUUGCCGUAGUCCUCGGACUCUUCAUCUAUUUACUAUAUCAACCAAUUUGUCGCGUCAUUUAUCAGAAGAGUGUCUAUUCAUCCACGAUACUCUGUCCACGAAGUCAUCCAAUCUUCGGGGUUUUCUUUCAUCUUAACGGACGAAUUUCUAAAGCUGAACAAUUUCGACGUUUACUUUCCUACUGGUACGAACAUCCGAAUGAACCUGUUAUAUGCCUUUGGUUUUUCAUUUGGCCCUUCCUCCUUAUCAAUCGUUCAGAUUACUUAGAGCCGUUCCUUGGACCAAAUACCAAACAUAUCACAAAAUCAGUUCAAUAUUCAUUGUUUAAUGACUGGUUGAAAACUGGUCUGUUGACAAGUACGGGUGCGAAAUGGAAAGCACGUCGACGUCUCAUCACUCCAUCCUUUCAAAAUACUCACGUCCUUACCAAUUGCUUCACUAUAUUCAAUGAACAAAUCGUUACUUGCAUGAAUCGUUUGCAACGUGUAGCUGAAACUGGUGAACCAGUGAAUCUUUUCGAAUACGUCUCAGCAUGGACACUCGAUGUCAUUUGCGAAAUGGCUAUGGGUAAAAAUGUCAACGUUCAAACGAAAGAGUCAGAUUAUGUCAAAGCAGUCAUGAAAAUUACAGAUAUCAUUGCCCUUCGUAUUCGUUCACCUUCACUCUGGUUUGAUCCCUUCUUUGCAUUGACUGCUAUUGGUAAAGAACACGCACAACAAUUGAAAGUUGUUCGACAAUUUACUCAAAAAGUGAUCGAAGACCGUUUUGAAGAAUUUGAAAAAGCUGAGUUCGAACCAACACGUAUGGCCUUUCUUGAUACUCUACUUUCAAAAAUGAAAGAUGGAACAUUGUCAUUGGAAGAUGUACAAGAAGAAGUUGAUACAUUCAUGUUCGGAGGCCACGAAACAACUGGUACGGCAUUGAAUUUUGCUUGCUGGAUGAUUGCUCUACAUCCAGAUGUUCAAAGGAAGUUAUACGAAGAAAUGAAAUUGAUUUUUGGCAAUGACAUAACACGACCAUGCACAUUAGAAGAUACGAAACAAAUGGAAUAUCUCGAACAAGUCAUCAAAGAAUCACUUCGACUUCUUCCUUCCAUACCCGUCAUUGGACGAGAAAUUCAAGAAGAUUUUGAAUAUGAUGGCAAGAAGUUUUUGAAAGGCACUACAGUAAUGAUGUUUCUCUAUACGAUUCAUCGCGAUCCACGAUAUUUCCCCGAACCCGAAAAAUUCGAUCCCAGUAGAUUUUCGCCAGAAAAUAUCCGACAAAUACCACCCUAUGCUUAUAUUCCAUUUUCGGCGGGAGCGCGUAAUUGUAUCGGACAACGAUUUGCUUUGCUGGAAGAAAAGGUGUUUCUUUCUACAUUGCUCCGCAGAUAUCACGUAUCGACGGAUCAAACUUAUCGUGAUUUUGAACCAACCGAAGAGAUCAUUCUUCGAUCAAGCAAUGUGCUCAACAUCAAACUUUCCCCGCGAAAUCAUUUCAAUCAUUGA